CCAGACCCGGACAACAUCAAGAUGUUUGUGGGCCAGGUGCCGAAAGACCUCGACGAGAACGAUCUGAGAACGAUCUUCGAGGAGUUCGGCGGGGUCCAUCAGAUCAACGUGCUGCGCGACAAGUACACCGGCAGCAGUAAAGGUUGCUGCUUCGUUACGUUCUACACGAGGAAGGCAGCGCUGGCCGCUCAGAAUGCCCUCCACAACAUCAAGACUUUUCACGGGAAGCUGCAUCCUAUACAGAUGAAGCCGGCCGACAGCGAGAACCGAAGUCAUCGCAAGCUGUUCGUGGGGAUGCUGUCGAAGAAGUACACGGAGAACGACGUGCGGAACAUGUUCGAGGUAUACGGCGAGAUCGAGGAGUGCUCCGUGCUGAGGGAGAGCGGCCAGAGCAAGGGAUGCGCCUUCGUCACCUUCGCCAGCAAGCAGUCCGCCAUCUCGGCCAUCAAGGGCCUGCACCACUCGCAGACCAUGGAGGGAUGCUCGUCGCCGCUGGUCGUCAAGUUCGCCGACACGCAGAAGGACAAGGAUCAGAAAAGGUUGCAGCAGAUGCAGGCUAAUCUCUGGAACAUUGCUGGGGUGAACAUGACUCCUCACUACCUGACAACGCUCGAUCAAACCGAUCAAAACUCUAACCCUCUGCAUUUCCACACGCAGAACGAGACGUCGGCAAUAGCGCCCACGUCGGCGGCGACGUCGCUGCAGCUUCUGCAACAGUUGCAGGCGAGCUCGGCCGGCGCGGCGGCCACGCCGGUGGCGGCCAACCCGGCGCCGAGCGCCCUCACCAGCGUGCAGCACCAGCUGCUGCUGCAGCAGCACCUCGGACUGUCGGCGGUCACGCCGGCUCAGGCCGCCACCGUGCCCGCCGCGCCCGAGAUCAACCCCGCCAAUCUGCAAGGCCUCGCGACGCUCGCCUCGCUGAGCGGCUCUGCCAGUGAGUAUGCAAACGCGGGGGUAUCGCCGAUAAGCAUGCAGAACCUUGUUACUCUGGCAGCCAUGACUGGCGGCACUAACAAUCUUCAAGUUUCCCCAAGCACGCUGAGCGGAUUGGCCAACUCGUCAGCAGGUAUGUCGCUAUCUGCCCUACUCGGAAAGACAGGAAGUACAGGGUCGAGUGGUGGCAGUUUGAGCCCGGUCACGUCGCUCGCCUUGAAUUCCUUGACGGGGACGCCGCUUGGAGGACUGCAGGAGUCGCUCAGCAACGCUUACUCCAGCUUGCAGCAGUACGCAGGGUUCCCUACGUUCACAACGCCAGCAGCCACGGCCGCGGUGCCGACGACGCCGACCUUUAACGAGUUUCGAUUACUGUCCAAGCAAAUCGAGGGUCCCGAGGGCUGCAACCUCUUCAUUUACCACCUGCCCCACACAUACACCGACACCGACCUCGUGACCAUGUUCAUGCCUUUCGGCAAUGUGCUCUCGGCCAAGGUCUUCAUCGACAAGGAAACCAAGAAGAGCAAGUGCUUCGGUUUCGUAUCGUAUGACAAACCGUCGAGCGCUCAGAAGGCGAUUCAAAUGAUGCACGGCUUCCAAAUCGGCACCAAGCGACUAAAAGUUCAGUUGAAAAAGUCGAAGGACGUCAAACCUUACUAGCCCGACGUCAACGAUUUCCCCAUCACAGGUGGCCUGUGACGUUGUGACCGUGUACAUUCUCGAGCGGAGUCGCCGUGCCAUGUCUGUCUCUCAAACGAUCGGUCAGUCAUUGAUCCGAUCCUUGAUUUCUUCACUCUUGGAAUAUCCAUUAUACAUACAUUUCCUCUCAACCCUCUUAUGUCUGUCAUCGCCUCUCUCUAUCUCUCAUUCACACUGUCUCUUAAUUCAUCGCACCUCCGACAUUUAUAUACCAAGAUCAGUGUGUAUAUCUUAGUCUCACACGCUACAUCCGCAUUUCCCGCACACCACCAACAACAACACGUAUAUAUAAACAGUAUGCGUUCGCCGAUCUUCUUCGUCAUCGUUGAUUUAUAUCGUUCGAGAGAGUCAUUGCGCCCUAGUAUCGGACACCAGCUAUAGAAGAACCAGCCAGACAUAUGUCAUAAAUGUAUGUGCGCGUGCGUGUGAGUUUAAAAUUCUAUUGUAAUCGUAGCUCAAAUCAUUUGUUCACAAUCUACUAGGCGGCUUUUUUCUCUCUUACGUAUGCCAACACACAUAUACCACACCAACUCAUUAAUAUACUUAUACAACUAAUAACCAGUCGGAUCUUCGGGGCAAGAGUGUGCAGAAAAUUUAUGUGUAGACGUGAUCAAGUACUUUUCAAGAGAGACGAUAUCAAGGAAGAAAAUGCUAUUCUAAGACAAGGAGGCGCCAAAGAAACUAUAUAACAAAACAAACAAAAAAACAGUCAAAUGCACAAGCGUCGCAGUUUUAUAACUCUGUACAUAUAAUAAAUGUGUAUGUAUAUGUUUGUACGUGCGUAUAUGUAAUGGCGUGAGAGAUUGUCUUGCAAGUGCAUCGGUAAUAUAAUAUAUAAUAAUGUAUAGGGGAGAAAGUGCACACAGUGCUACGUAACAGGCAAAGAAUUUUUGGUGGGCAAAUUUGAACGUUGACUAGCGACAGAAGUAUCUUUUUGUUGAAAAGAGAGACACAUAAAAAAAACGACUUUUUCUUUUACGUUGCUGUUGACAAAAAUCGCGGUUCAGAUCUCAAGUAUGUGCAUCCCUCUGUGGACGCAAUGCAUUAGCCUUUGGGAGCCAACCGCAGGAUCCGGGCGCAGCAUUAUUUAACUCUUCCUCUCUCAUCAUCCUCGACGCGAUGCCCAAUUCCUUCAGAAUAACAAAAAGAAACUAAUUAUAUGUAUAAACAGAAUUGAGGGACAAAUAAGUAGACAAUUGUUCGUGUGAAUAUCUGACCGAAAGACUUGGAUGCGCUACGAUAUUGUGCGAGGAGACUUUUUUUAAAAAGACUUUGUAAUAAGAUUGUAAAAUAGCGUGGAGCCUAGCAAAGCUAAAAAAGAUUGCGCGCAAGUGUUUAUAUAAAAAUAUAUAUAAUUAACGAAAAAAAAAAACAAAA